AUGGCAGAGUGCACAGCGGCAAGUUAUUUGUUUGGACUGGAAUUUAAGCACAUUUCACUGAACAGGUGAAUAAACAAAUUAAACGUAAGCCAAAUAAUCCAAUAAGAGAAAAAAAAACUCUAUGUCUUAUAUAGAGGAACUUAUAGGACGUUAUCUUGUUCUCAGCCAAAUGUCAGACAGCACACUUAACAUUUUUUUUUUUUUCAUCAGAGAGCUGGACAAGCACUACUACCUCGUUUAAAAAUAGCAAAUAAACAAACUUUUUUAAAAAGGGCAAAUCAGAAUUUUAGAAAUAGCAAAAAAAUAUUCUUUUCAGACACUGCGCCAAUACACUAACGAAAUCAAAGUAGGCCUAGGUUGAAUAGUACCUCAUGCGGUGUAGCAAUUCAUUUUAUCAUGGGUUGUUUUUCAAAUGUCUCUACAUCAACAAAUCGCAUAUUUUCUAAAAAUAAAUUGACCCGUAAAAAUAGAAAAACAAAUUCCUCUAGGUAAAAAAAUGUGAGUAUUUGAUAAAUCUGGAAAGAAAGUUCUCCCGGAAAACAAAACAAGUCUUUAAAAAGGCACUUAAGAAUAAGAGCUUUUAUAAAAAUGGGAACGCCUAGGAUAUGAAUAAUUGACCGAUGACCCGAAACCGGUGAGGCUUGUUCACGCCAAAAAUUCUAUUCUGUCGACCAUGAUUUUUUUUGUUAUAUAUAUACAUAUAAUUCCAGCCUAGCCUAGGGGAAAUAACUCUUACUUGUAAGUUCAAAUUUUGUUCCAAGUAGCAAAAAUGCUAACGUCUCAAAGGAAAUCAUUGAACCCACUUCGAUUCAUCUCCUCACAAUAAUAGGUUAAAAUAUUGGGCGUGCGAGUGGCCUGGUAACACCGUGUACAAGCUCCAAACAAAAAUAUGUUUUUAAUAUUAAUCUACAUACCGUGCGAGCAGAGGUUUCUUUCUGGCAUGGCUUUUAACAUUUGUUAAGUCCAGUGUUAAGUCCUUCGUGGGGCUUGUCAGGUCGCAGCAACGUGAACGACUUCGUAUUAUGCUAAGAGUCCAUGCCAGAUAGAAUCCUUUGCUCGCAGGGUAUUUCAUUGCAAAUCAUGGGGUUUCAAAGGAAACCGAGUUCCGGGCAGAGGAGGCGUUUUGAACCAUAAGUCUUUGUGAGAGGUAGUAAAUUUUUUUGUAAAACAGCUGAUAGAGGUGAAAAGCUUUCUUCACUACCAACUUUUGAUUCAUCGCCCAUUCAUCUUAAUCACGUACUAUGUACGAACUGCACGUGAUUAGGUGUCUCUCUCUAACCCAAACGAGACAUCUUUCAUGUUAGCGAAUAAUUAAGGAAUUUUAUCACGCUUUGUGACAUUGACAUGUUGGGUAAUGUAAGAUGGGUGUUACAAAUUUGACCUAUUCAUUUCACCAUGUAAACAUUUCAGAGGAAGGACAAAUAUCCGUUCAUAUGUUGUGGCCCAGUUUUUGUUAGGAAAUGAAAUCCAUCUAGAUUGUUCUCUGACGCUUCCAGCUUCUAACUUAGCGUUCCAUGAAUGUAUAACGUAUUCUGUCCCUGCAAAUUUCUAAGAAAAAAGAAUCUCAAUUUGCAGUAUAAAGAAGAAACCACAGGAACUUCUGAAGCGGAUAUCAGUGCCCAGUUUGUCCACGCGAGUGUGCAGAUAAAAAGGUCGAGAUAAUAAGUCUGUUUCUGGCUUAACCCCCCCCCCCCCCGGUAAUUUAGUGUCCUUAAACGUUAAACGUCGAUAAUGAGUUUUGGGAGGUUUCUUAAAAGGAAACACGGGCAUUACAAACGUGGAAUUUAAAUGACGAAAACUGUCUCCACCAAGCAUUUGUUUUACACCCACUCAGCAACUUUAUUGAUCGAAACACGUUCGAAAGGAAGGGAAAUAUAAAUAUUUGUCUUUGAAGUGUUACAAGAUUAAAAUUAGAUACCUGUGACAGGGACAAAUUCCUUUAAUUUAGAAAUUUAAUGAUAAGAUGUGCCGAUAACCCCAAAAGCAAUGGGCGCAAAAUGCCUAAAGGUAGAAAAUAGCGUCGAUCAAUCACUUACAAACAGCAACACAAAUAAAAUUUUCGUUAAAAUAUCACUGUCCCUGUCCCACUUUAAAACGUUGUGUUUAUAAUAAAAAAGAGUAAAAAUAAAUGGUUAAAGAAACUGGCUUACGUGUUCAUAGUGUUAGCUAUUUUUGAAGAAAUUUCCGUGAUGGAAUUUUGUCAAAAGUGGUCGUAAUAACAACUUAAAAACAACUUUUCGUGCAAACAUGAUCACCGUACAGUCUAUCAGAAAAAAAAUUUACACACGUAUUUUCAAUUAGAUAGCCUUAUUUCCACCAGGAGACAGGCGAGACUGCAUUUUUUAUCAACCUUACCUCUUAAAAUUCCCAACAAUUAAGUUAUUUCCUGACACGACUGAAAUUCCACUAGGAUUUUCGUUAUUUCAAUAUGCAACAACAAACGUUUCUUAACAAAUGUUCACUGUUCGUUUUUGCCCAAAUGUUGAACGUAAACUUAGCAUAUGGUAUCAUUAAGUUGUUUAAUUUUUGAAUCGUCAACUUAACGUGUGCUCUUACUACGUAAGACUGCAACCCACCACGUUCUAAACAAAACGACAAAUUGUGUAAUUUGUUGACGUCACGUAGCUGUGUGGAUUUCAAUACUUCCUUAACGACAUCAAACUGGUCGCUAUGGUAAAAUGGUAUAAAAAAUCGACACCUAUCGUGUACUAUCACAGCUUCACCGCGAUAGGCCCGAUAGUGAAUCAGCCGCAGUGAAUCCUAAGAGGCCGCAAGAACAGAAACCGAAAACCAAAAUGGGGAUUUUACCGCUACUUUUGAUCGCUUCUUGUGUAGUAACUUCGUCACUGGCCUGUUCAUGUAUGCCAACACAUCCUCAAAAGCAAUUUUGUGACGCUCAUUACGGUAAGUAAAGCAGAGUAGUGUAUCUGAGUGUAUGAUAUAUACACAGAACAGUUAAUUUUGAUCACCCCGGCUGUUUCUCGUUGCGGCAUGUUUCCUUGGAGUAUCCUUUCACUUUCACCGUAACUUUACGAAAGUUUGUUUGAAAAAAGCUUUACAAACUGAUUUUUUUUCCGAUCUGUUCGGUAACAAAUCCGAAAUGAGCUACCAUUUCAGUCAGAUCUGUGACCAUGGGCUAGUGUAACAAAAGGUGUAAAAAAGGAAAGCAGAACGUAAUAACAUGACAAUUAACUUUUCCGAGUAAGUACUCAAUCUAUCAUCUCCACAAUCCUCUCAUAAAAUAAGAAAAAAAAAACUAUGAUACCAACCGAGAAAAUAAAACAAAACACGUCGGCUUUCGUUCAGUUCUUUGUCCUCAGGUCAAACUAACCUUUCAUCAACUGAGCUAUUUAAAUAAUAUCAGGCUGGCUGCAUGUGGCAGACAGAUCAGAUCGCAAUGGUGUUUUCUCCUGAGAAAACUGUUUAAUUUAAAUCUAUCUAUCUGUCUAUCCAUCAUUCUAGCCUUAGUAAAGGUUGAAGGGCAGGAAAUGAAAAAAUUCGAUUAAGGAUUUAUAACUGUUAACGCCUCCGCUUCUUGCCUUUCCCUAUUCUGCUAGCGCUGCGUGACGACACUAAAAACGGCUGUGUCCUCCGAACUGAUGGGUAGGAGCGUUGCGUGAUGACACUAAAAACGUCUGUGUAGCAGACUAGCUUUUCCCUCGGCUGUUGUCGUAACUGUUCCUCGACUUUUGAGGCGUAAAAUGAAAUCGCAAGAUCAUGUUAAAACAAACAAUCGACCAGUUCAGAUUAACCAACUGAUAAACCUUUUUCCGGAUAUUGAUUUUAUUUCGCUGAUAUUUUGUUUCCUAAAACACGUGUGUUUUAGUUUGGAAAUCCCACCAGUAAAGUUUUCAUGUAAGAGCCGGGAUCUUUGAUUAAGCCACCACACCCUGGAUCUAGUAGCCCAUAAACAAACCUAUCUAAUUACAAAAAUUUUUUUAAGAUUGAAGUUUGAUAAGUUAAAUACAGUUGUUAAAAUGUAUUCUUGUUACGUAUGUGCCACAGACCCCCGGCUACUGACCGAUCUCAUUUUUCGUGCAAAAUUAUUACUUAAUGCUUCCUUACAAAUCAGUAGUAGAAACACUAGAACGAUUCUGUUUAUUUGACAUGUUUAUUUUAGCAAAUUUAACCCAUUCGAGAAUGCACAGAUAUAAAGUUAAAUUUUUGAAAGACAUAGCUGAUAAUCAGAUAAGAUUGCAGGGGCACCCAACGACUUUUUGGAAAAUAUCUGUUCGGAAGACGAUUUGAGAUCUAGAAUUUUCGGAACAUUUGUUGUGAAAUUUCUUGCUUGCCUGCCUCUCCUAGGAUUUUCGAGCCCCUCAAAAAUGUUAUAAUUGCCCAUUUUUAACGGAUUUUUACCCUAAAAAGGUCACCUAGAAUUUUCGGGAGCCUUUUUUCUGGCUGAAAUUUUCGAAAAGGUAAGUUUUGAUCCCUAUCAUUUUCGGAUUACUAGACUUUCCGCUAGGAAAUCCGAACAGAUGAAAAAUUUUUAGGGGAUGAAAAUAUGCCUAUAUCUACCGUUUAAAUACUAAAAUACGUUCAACGGUGCUAGUUUAAGUGGUUUUGAACUACAUUCUCGUUGGGUGCCCCUGAGAUUGUGGGACAGCACAAAUAGAAGUGAGGAGGAAUAAAACAAAACAAAAACAGCGAGCAUUUUCCGCUCUUCGUUUCACCCACUCUCAACUAUCUGCACGUCUCCAGAUGAUUACUGUUUCCCUAAUGCUUACGGCUGAUGACUGUCAACCUCACUCAACAACAACAACAAUAACCUUUAUGUGCAUGACUAUAAUUACUUACAGUGUUGCAAAAAUGAAUGAUAUUAAUAACAGUACAUCAAGUGACAAAAUUCAUUUCUUAGAGAAAGAUAUGUUGGGGAAAGUCACAGAAAAAUUUAUCUUCGAUUUCACUCAAUUACUGUUAAGGAAAUUGUCAUUAAUUCGUGGAAAAUAAAUAUCUUGCCCCUCUCCCAACAAGGCUUUUCUGCAUGAGAUGAUUCAUAACACUGCGAGGGAAUGAAUUUCCUUGUCUGGUCUGGUUGAGCAGAGAACCAUCAAUGAAAUGAUUACUUGUGAAUGCCCCCUUUGGUGAGCUUGAGUUUAAAACCUGACAAAGACUUAGUGUGAGGGCGUGGGGGGAAGGGGGGCGGUUUUUUACGCUUCGCCCAAAAAUUUCGCUUAAGUAAAAGAAUCGUUCUAGUACACCUCGGACUAUUCUUCCUGUCAGAGCAAAAGUAGAAUUUUUAAAUUAUUCUCAAAUCUGUAAAACUGUAAGUGCUACGGGUCUGAAUCCAACCAGGAUCUACCAUUCCGAAGUCUGAAUCUCAACAAUUAUCAGUGGUGCAGACCAAUACCCUGUUUAUAGUCAGGACAGACUCAAGCGAAAAUAUAAACGCUGUUUGUAUAAUUAGGACGGACAGGAGCCCACGGGCUCCUGGACAGAGAGGUAAAAAACCAUACCCUAUCCAGCGGUACAUCCCCGUAUUGUCCAUAUCAGGAAGUACCUCCCCCCCCCCUUCUCCAGGGUUGAAAUGCCAACUGAUUUGUAUGGAAGAAUUGAAACGGGAAUAGUUGAAUGAAGUAGAAAAUUGAGAUUCAUGAGUAAAAGAAUGUCUAACCUUGCUGUUUUAAUUUUUUCUCCAUAACGUGUAGCUUUUCGUGCCUCUGUCGAAUCAAGAACGGAGCAGUCUUUCAUGCAAAUAUUUAAAGAACAAGUUUAUACAUUGGAAGUUAAAGAAAUUUUCAAAGGUCAAUCAAACGUGGAAAUCAACCCCCUUACUAACCAAGUGAAGCUAUACGCCCCUAGCAAUGGAUCGUCCUGUGCGAUAUGGUUACAACCGGGGAAAGAAUACGUGCUGCUUGGAAGAGUUCUCCUUGUGCAGGGAAAGCCAAAGCUGUUCCACGGGUUUUGUGAUUGGCACAAAGAAUGGGCGGAUUUGACGACAGAGCAACUGCUUGGCAUACAGUCACUAUACGGUAAAGGAUGCAUCUGUUCCAUUGGAUUUUGCUUCACCCCAAACUGCAGAAAUCUUUUGCCUGGUUGCGAUGGAUACGAUUAUAAUGUCGACCAAGAAUGCAGGGAGAAUUACCAGCGCUGUGCACGUCAAAUUAGUCCCCGAGGAGAAAUAAAAUGUGCAUGGAUCGGUAGAAAGAUGUGUUCAAGAAGAAUCUUUUUUCCUUAAGUAAUUUUUAAAUCACCAAAAACAGUGAAAAGCAGGCAAUAUAAUAACAACAUGCUUUCCUUGUAUUACUCAGGUCAGUUUGAAAAAUCAUAUUAAAUACGUCUCUUUUACGUGAAUUGCAACUACAUGUAAAGUACAGCGAUAGUAGUAGAUCGAAAGGACUAUGGGCUUUCUGGCGGUUUUUAUUUUGGUGCCUUGUUUGCACAGAAAAGAUGAUAAGCCAGACGGACGAGUUGUUAGAGUAAUUAUAAUUCUAAAACUCUACCCUCUUUUAAAUUUUUUUAGGCGUUUUUUGGUUUACUAUGAUUCUCAUCUUUCACUCUGAGUCGCUAUGUAGAACUCCAUCGAACGGACAUAUUUGGGGGGGGUCUCGUGAGACGGGCACUAGGGUCCCGUUAAGGAUCAGAGAUGUCCCCCCUUACAGUAGCUGGAACCGACUGUUCUUACUAGUGCCCAUUCUAAAAGAGAAUGUCCGGUAAAGGAAAGGUGAUGUUACACGGGACGAUUCGCGACGACGAUUUUUAGCGCAAAACAGCGUUGCAACAUUGUUGCGACAUUGGCUCAAAUGGUAGCAACAUUGUUCCAACAUUGUGAUGCUGUGUUGCGCAAAAAAUCGUCGUUGCGAAUCGUCCCGUGUAACACCACCUUAAGGGAGAGUUGACUGAAUCAGUGGGUAACUGACCACCUACUCAUCCCCUAAAUCAACAUUUUACCCUAAGUGAGAAGUAAAUGUUAAUGUUGGUUUAGGGGAGGGGUAGGUGGUCAGUUACCCAGAUACGUAAAAUUAUUCGAAAAUUAUUUCUAGCGAUUAUGACGCCAGUGUAAUACUUGGGUUUUAACCG